AUGGUCAGCUCCUGUUGUGGCUCUGUCAGCUCUGAGGAGGGCUGUAGCCAAGGCUGCUGCCAGCCCAGCUGCUGCCAGCCCAGCUGUUGCCAGCCCAGCUGCUGCCAGCCCAGCUGCUGCAGGCCCACCUGUUGCCAGCCCAGCUGCUGCCAGCCCACCUGCUGCAGGCCCACCUGUUGCCAGCCCAGCUGCUGCCAGACCACCUGCUGCAGGCCCACCUGUUGCCAGCCCAGCUGCUGCCAGACCACCUGCUGCAGGCCCACCUGUUGCCAGCCCAGCUGUUGUGUGUCUAGUUGCUGCAGACCCAGCUGCUGCAGGCCACAGUGCUGCCAGUCUGUAUGCUGCCAGCCCAGCUGCUGCCGCCCAAGCUGCUGUGUGUCCAGCUGCUGCAGGCCCCAGUGCUGCCAGUCUGUGUGCUGCCAGCCCACCUGCUGCCGCCCUAGCUGCUGUGUGUCCACCUGCUGCAGGCCCCAGUGCUGCCAGUCUGUGUGCUGCCAGCCCAGCUGCUGCAGGCCCAGCUGCUGCCGCCCCACCUGCUGCAUUUCCAGCUGUUGCAGGCCUCCUUGCUGCCAACCCUCCUGCUGCCGCCCCUGCUGCUGUGUGUCCAGCUGUUGCAGGCCUUCCUCCUGCCACCCUAGCUGCUGCUGUGUGUCCAGUUCUUGCAAACCCACCUGCUGUGUGUCCAGCUGUUGCAGGCCCAGCUGCUGUGGUGGUUCUUGUUGCUGAGUGUCCUGACCUGGAUCAGCUCUCUUGCCUUAAUCCCUCAGUCUAUGCAUCUAUUCAACAGGAUA